GCCUUUUCCCUUUUCCUUGAUUCGCUACGCUUUCUACCAUUUGCUUGUUCUUUCAUUCGCCAACGUCUGGUUGCCUCCAACGACACAACUCAAGUUCAUUGAAUUGAUGGGUAUAGUUUACUUAAUUUCACCACACUAAUAUGGACCAUACGGGUGAACAAUUGCAUCCCAACUGGCGAGCCUUAGCUACACUACAUAUUCCAUUGAAACGAUUUGUCAAAGAAGGUACCCGUGGGACCCAGCAUGGAACGCACACAGGAACCAAAGAAAAAUAUGAAAUUCACGGAGUUGAUGGUAGUGAAGUUAAGGCAUUCUAUGAGGAGUUGUUAUGUGAAGAAACGAGGCAAAGGAAGGAACAUGUUUGCAACACCAUCUCAGAAUCAAAAAUCAGCGAAAGAGAGGAGGUUAAGCCCUUAGUUAGAAGAACCCCCUUUGAGGUGGGAAAAUAUCAUCGAUUUGCAAUGGAGAAUAAUGUGGAAGAGCUACAGAAUCUCGACUAUAGAAAUCAAAAUAUAAAUGUCUGUGAUAAUUAUGGCUGGUCAGCCUUAAUGAUGGCAGCCUGCGAAGGCCAUGAGCAGGCGGUAAGAUUUCUGAUUUCCUUGGGAGUUGAUAAAAACCUUAAGGAUAAAAGUGGGCAAACUGCCAUGGAUAUGGCCAGAAGAAAAGGACAUUUUCAUAUUGAAAAAAUAUUAGAAAAUCCCCCAGAAGAGAUUGUCACAAGCAGUGAAGAUGAAAUCGACGACAUUGAACCAUUUUAUUGUGAAAUAUGCAAAAGAACCUUUGCCGAAACCACGAAACGUGAACAUGAAACGUCCACUGUUCAUCAAUUUAAUGUAAAAGCUCCAACCACUAGUAAUAAAUUGCAAAAAUUCAAUAUACCACCACGGAAUAAAGGCCUCCAAUUGAUGGUAAAACAAGGUUGGGACAAAGAAAGUGGUUUGGGGCCCACACAAACGGGUCGCUUGUAUCCCGUCAAGACAGUUAUACGUAAACAACGUACUGGUCUGGGCAUAGAACAAGAUCCAGCCAAAGUCAGUCAUUUUCAGGCCUAUGAUCUGAGGGCUAUAAAGCGCCACAACUCGGACUAUUAUAAAAAGAAGCCCAGAAAUCGCAAUGACAUCAAAAGAGAAAAAAUCAGGGAAUGGAAGCGAGAUAGGCGUCUAAGAAACGAACUAAAUUAG